AUUUUAAACACUCUGUAUCUAUGUGUGUGGCGUAAAUUGCCUUUAUUACUGGUAAAGUCUUCAUUGGCAUACAUUUCUAGCUUUUUAUGUAAUUUCUGUAAUGUUAGCAACCGUUUUUAUUGAUUAAACUUUUAGUCACCUCCGUGAUUUAUAAGCAGGUUCUAUUUAAAUUUGUUUUUUUAUAGUAUGGCUUUAAAAGUAAAAUAAUUAUAACUUUUACAUUAAAUUCUACAAAAUCAACAACUAUAGCAUCCAACUGUCAACACCGAAAUCAAGAAGGUGUAAAUGUCAUCUCAUUUAGUUGUUGUCAAAGUGUAUUUUAACUCUUCUAUAUUUUGAAAAUAUCAAGAAACUACACCGUCAAAAUGGAGGUAUCGGGGAAAUCUCAGUUUCAAAAUAUUGAAAAUUACUGUUCCGACCCCGAAGAUUUCGAAGUUUUAGAAGAUUUACCAGAAAACACGAGAGAUUACUUAGAAUCAUUGGGUAUCACGAAAUCUUACUCCGCCAACAAGACUGGUCAAUCUGUAGAUGACAUCGGUCUGAAAUACUUACCGUCAACUUCUAAAGUAUCUAUGAUCAGCGAAAACCAAACCACCGAAAAUUUUAUCAAAGAAUUCGAAUCGUUCUACAGCGAGAUGAUGGGGAAAGUGCAGGGUUUAAAAAAUGUUCCGGCUUUAAAAAAAUCUAACAACUACAACGACGGUCUUUACCUGGAAGACGAAACAUUGUUCAGUAACUUGAAGAACACCCCCGAAGUACAGGAGCAACUAAACGCAAUCAAGAAAUUAGACGAGGAAAUACAUUCUGUGAUAUCAGAUUAUCAAAACGAAAAAGCUGAAAGAUUGGAAACGCAGAUAGAAAUGUGCAAUGAAAUCACCAAGAACAAUACUUUACCAGAAAGAGACACUGAGCUAUUUUUAAACCUUUGCCAGUUUGAAUUUUCAGAUUUAAAAACUGAAGAAAAAGAUAAGAAAACACUAGAAGUUCCAGGUACUAACAAAAAACCAUCAUCGCCGAAGAAAAAACAGAAAGAUUUCAUUAUGAGAAACAUCUACUUAGCCAAAGAAGGAGUUUUCGCCAAUUCAUCUCUAACAGAUGAAGAGAAAGCCAAACUUGAGGACAUCCUUCAAUACGAAGAUGAAGAUACGCAGGAACGACAACAAAGAUCUCCGUUUACUUUGCCGAGCACGGAAAGCGGAAGAUCCAGUUACUUUUCUAACGCAUACUGUUUCACCUUCGACGACAAGAAAAAAAUAGAAGACAUAGAUUCGCAAUUAGAAAAAUUCAAAUUAGAUGAGAAAUCUAGCGAAAAGAAUCUAAAUAGCAAAGAGGACUCAAAUGAUGGAGAUGCUUCCAAAACCAUCGAUGAAGUGAGAAAGAUGAAUCACGUCAUGUUGGAGAAGAAUCUAAAGAAGUUGGAAGAUAGAUUGCGAGAAUUACAGGACGCGGAAAAUAAGGAUUUGGAGACGUUGCGGAAGAUUCGAGAAGAAACGAAAAUCAACAUUGAAGGAAAUGAGGAUGACGUAGAUGAUAUGCCACCGAUGGGCGAUUUGUUUGAUUUGGAUGUGUUGAAUAUUGGAGAAAAUGAGUUAGAAUAUAUCGACAUGGAAGGAUUAAAAGGAGAAGAUAUUGACUAUGAAGAAACAGGGGAAGAAGAAGAUGAAGACAAAGAAGAAACUAAUGUUUUUGACGAGGUAGAAGAAGGUUCUACUAUUGAUUUCCAGUCUAAGUAGAUAUGAAUGCAAAACAUAUUUUUCACAGAGUGUUAUUACGUUCGUUUAAAAAUUAUAAAAGUAGUUUUCAGUUUAUAAGGGAAACAAAUACCAAAUUUAAUAUUGCUAUAUAAAUUUUAAAAAAAGUUAAUAAUUAUUCUUUGUUACUGAUAUUUGUCGAAUAUAGAAACACUCUGUAGGUAUAGGGAUAACCAUUUUCAUAAUCCAUUUUUUUUCGGAUGCUUAUUAAAAUUUUAGAGUAAUAUCAAAUCAUGAUUAUGAAAAUAGGAUUUAAUAUUGUCAUGUAUACCUUCUAGUUAUUAAAUGAAUGGAUUUUGAAAUU